AUGCUGCUCGACGACCAGCACAUAUGCGAAGCGUUUCGGGCUGUCGUUCGCAAAUCGAGCGUCUUUGAGUUAAAGUUGUUGUUUGAUUUGACACCAACCCAUUAUUUUGGAGUUGAGCUUUUGUCCGAAGUUUUGGAAAAGUUGCUUUUCAACAUGGAGUCGACCGACCAUCAAGUCCAACAUGUGAUGCCAAUUGUUUUCUCCAUCAUAUUUCGAAUGGAGUACUGCAGAUUGGUGUUUAAACUUCCGCUUUCAACCCUUUUAGAACGGAUAUUUUGUUUGUAUCCAAAAUUUAAAGGCAACAGCCAAUUUUUGAGUGUUUUUAGGAUCCUUUUUUCGUCGUAUGUGCAGUUUUUGGAGAAGAGAAAGGACCAUCUCGAAGGCCACGCCAUCAAUCGCAUUUUAGAGUCGAUUGUACCGGUUGAAGACUUUAUGCCCAUUGCUGACGCUAUAAUUUCGUCGUUAGCCUCGACGCGAGGCCCCAUAUCCCGCUCUCCAGCCGUUGUGAAUGCUCUCUCUUUGAUAGUCGAUUGCUUCUGCCGUAACCCGUGCCGAUUUAUCGAAAACAAGCAGCUACUUUAUUUGUGCAUCGAUCUUUUGCCAAGUAAUUGUGCCGAUAUUUGUAGGCUAUUUUGGGCUUUCCAGCAGCAGUUGGGAUGUGUUUCUUUGGGCGCCUUUGAAUUCCUACCGAUGUAUGUGAAAGUCUUAAUCUUGAAAGGGGAACCCUUCAUGAUAUCACCGGAUUUAUUGAGAGAACUGUUCAAGCUGCCCAGCACCAAAUACGAGCCCUCUCUAUUGCUAGAUGUCUUCAAUGCAGUGCCAACUUUAUUUAAGCAAUCGGUUCUGGAGCUUUUUGGAAAAAAUCCUAAACAAAUUGGAAGCAUAUUGAAUGCACUCUCGUGCGCAUCUUGUGGUACAAAAGAUGGAAGAGCCAAUCAAUCAAAUGCUUCUUUAAUUGAUCUCCUCUGCCAUGGAUUAUCGCUUUUAUUUUCCACUCGUCCAGGAACCAUAAAUUACGACAGCGAAGAAAAAGCACAGAUCUUUGCAUUGUAUUUGGACUCGCUUCUGUAUUCAGAUGUGCUAUUUUGGUCUGAGGAAUCAAAUAUCGCCAUUUCCGCACAGUUGCUUCUUAUCAUAGGAGCUUUGGACUCAAUAAGUGUGCUUUCUGUUGAAAAUUCAGAGGCUACGGCCAUUCAAAUGCUGAUGCGCUGUUCUCGACUGUUGCAUCUUUUAGUUAAAAGCCACUUUAAUGCAGUUUUGAACGCCAUCCCCCAUUACGAGUUUGCUUUUUGCAGGCUGGUUUCGCAUGUGAUCGAGCUAUUUUCUUCGCAAAACGAGCGGCAAGGGGAGCCCGAUGCCAUCAAGGGUGUCCUCUGUGUUAUUUCAAAGAUAUUUUCAGAAAUCAGAGCACACUCGGAAAGUAAUUUCAUGAAGUACAUGAUUCCGCUGUGCGUGUCGCUGCUAAAGAUCCUGAUCAGAAAGGUCUCCGACUCUUCGAGCAGCAAUUUGCUGCUCGUCCGCAACGUGGUUAGCGAAACCCUGUAUGAACUGCUAAAUUCGUUCACGGCGUUCGACAAAGAAGUGGUCUUUUCCCUUUUGUCCCCCGAAAUUGAAAGGCCGUUUUUUAAAGACCUGUAUUCACGGUUCAACAAUGAAUUCAAGUAUCAUGGGAAGGUUUAA